GGCGCCGCCGUCCCCUCACAAAAUGGCGGGCGCCUGAGGCGGCCGGGGCAGAAGCGGCUCAUAAGGGUUUAAAAUAAAAAUCUGGGGUUGUCAGGUCUUUGUGAUUUGAGGCAUCCCGUACCGUUAAAGGUGUCGUUUGGCCAGGCGUGAUCCUUCACGGCCCGGCCUGCCUGUUUCGGGGCGAGCCGCCGCGCCGCUCUGCCUCACGCGCAAUAAAGGAAACAACCCUGAGCUUGCUGCGAACGAGUUCACGAGUUCUAAUUCCGAAAAAAAAUAAAAAAGCCGUUUUCUCCACCAACCUUGAGCGCUUUCCAAAGCUGUGUAGCUUAAAGAGUCUGCUGAAAUGUAUUAAACAGGUGGGAGAAUAUAAACGAAUUAAAUAGGAUAAUUGGGAAGUGUGUGUCAGUAGCAAGCGUUGCUGCUUAUAAAAGCAUAAAAGGUGCAACAAGUGGCAUCUUUUGUGCUGUCAGGUACGUAACAAGUGCCAAAUACUCCAUUACUACAAACGUACAGACCUCUUAAAAGGCACAGAAAAGUAUACGCAACCAGCGACUGCUCUUGCGUUGUACCGGCAGACGGAUGCCUGCCUGCUGCAGUUUGGGGUCAAACACCCUAUUUUUAGGAGCUAAAGCGCGUCUGAUGCAACGCGCGGAGCGGUUGCUGCAGACGAGGCGCGGCGUUGCUCCACACAGGAUGCCGUACGGGAACUGGCAGUCCUGCGAGCUUCCAGGUUUUACGAGGGAGGAGGACUUUUUCCGUGUUUAUGCUCCUGGAAACAGGGCCAAAUAAAAAAAAAAAAAAAAUCAUCUUUUUAUGACCCCAGGAGUGGGGAAAGAGCCAAGCGGCUGAAGGCCAGCAAAUUCAGGUCAGCGACCCGCGCCAGGUUAUUUUUAUGCCCUCCAGUCAUCCCGUGAAAUUCCCGGGUCCCCUGGCGGAGGGGUCAGCCCGCGGGCUGCCCAGCGUUUGGGGUGCCGCCGUCCUCCUCCCGCACCUCGAGGGCACGGAGCAGCGAAGCCCUUCUCUCCGUCUGCUUUCGGAGCUGGCCGUGGACUACGUGUGCGCUCCCUGGCUGCGUGCCCUGGGAAACUCCAGCGGCGGCGGGGCCGGGACGGAUGUGCGCAGGCGGGGGCGUCCUCCCCGCGGCCGGCUUCCUGCUGCCCCGCACCCAAACACAGGGGGCAGGUGCCCUCGGCUGGGCCGGGGUGAGAUGGCCGCCUCCUCCUCCUCCUCCUCAGCCGGCGGGGUCAGCGGCAGCUCGGUGACGGGAUCCGGCUUCAGCGUCUCGGACCUGGCGCCGCCGCGAAAAGCCCUCUUCACCUACCCCAAAGGAGCCGGGGAGAUGCUGGAAGAUGGCUCGGAAAGAUUCCUCUGCGAGUCUGUCUUCAGCUAUCAGGUUGCAUCUACAUUAAAGCAAGUGAAACACGCUUGGGGUGGUUCCGAUGAAAGAAACUGUCAGCUGUUGAGUGUAGUUUAAUGAAGUUCUGAGGCACCUUGGCUGUUGUAAUGCCCAGCCACAUCUGGAUUGAAACUGAGAGGCAAUCGAAUCUGUACACGUUUCAGCAGUUUCACCAGCAAUCUGCGGUAACAAGAGCAAGGAGGAAAAGCAUGCGGCCAUGUUUUGCAUUUGUUUCUGUUUAUAAAUUAGUCCUGGUGUC